GAUGCUUCUCAGUCACCGAGUCGGAGCAGAACUCGAAGUUUCCGUGUGUGUUUGUGUGUGUGUGUUUAAGCAGAUGCUGCAGCUUUUUGGAGGUGGGAGAUGCUCUGCAGCGCCUUCUGCCCUCUUUGCCCAGCUGAGCUGUGCUCAAACAAGGCGGCUGGCGGUUCUUAGCAGGGGCUCGCGAAGCCCAACCUGAGAAAACGCAAACCGCUUAGCUUUCUUUCUUUCCUUCCUUCCUUUUCAAAACGUCUUUUUAAACGUUGCAUUGUUUCGGCGAACUUCAGUGAUUUUGCUCUCCGCGCAUCACAGUCUCUUAAAGGGGACUGUUUGGAGCUGGCUGAAAACUCGGGGAGUCAUCCCAGCAGAUUGAGGUUGUGGCUUCGGGCUCCCGCUGAUCGCACCCCACAUUUAACCCCCCCCCGCCCCAUUCGCAUGCUUGUCUCUCCGCCUGGCAUCUCGCAGUGCGCGUGGGCGGAGGAAGGGGGGUCCCACUCCCCUCGGCAGAGCAUGAAGCAUCGGCGCCCCCUGCAGCAGGGGGGGAUCCAGCGCACGCUUUUGGAGAGCCCGGCCAAGAAGCACGCCAGACGCGCCUCGGAGAGAGCUUGAGGGCGCGUGGUGCGCCACCUCCCUCCUGCCCGCGCCGCUGCGCUCCCGCCGCCUCUGCUGCCAGUCUACACACUUCCCACCCGCCACUGCCUUGCCUGCUGGAACCAGGGGUGCUCAGACCCUCGCAGGAUAGGCAAUCGGCCCAUCCAGCCAAAACAGAGACGCCUCCCAGAAAUGGACUGAUCUCUGUGUGACGAUGUGGAGCUUUUGACAGCAGCCUGCACCUCUCAGGACCAUGUGACAGGUGCCAUUUGAGAUAGUUUCAGAGCCCAGCGCACCCUUCACUGAACAGUUUGAUGGAGAAUCGGUCGGAUGACAGCAGGAACUGUUGUAAUCACUGGAGGAAUACUAGCGACCGUGAUCUUACUGUGUAUCAUUGCUGUUCUGUGCUAUUGUAGGCUACAGUAUUAUUGCUGCAAGAAGGAUGACACUGAUGAAGAGGAAGAGGAGGAAGAGGAGGAGGAGCAGGAGGAGACUGACCUUCCUUCGCACUCGCACUAUGCCAUGUGCAACGCUUGCAACUCUCGCAUCAUGGACGGGCAGGGCAACUCCUCUUUCCCUCCCCAUGAGAUUAACAAGCCAGGCAAUCGGAACCAUUGCCCGACCUGCUCCCCCUAUGGCUCCCCCUUUUACAUACGGACCGCUGACCUGGUGCGUAACGGGGGCGAGAGGAUCACCUACAUGCCUACAUGCUGCAAAGAAAUGGGGCUGCCCCUCAAAAUGGCUGGCCUCCAGAGUUUCCCGGUGACCCAUCACCAUUGCAUCAUCCACGAGACCUUUCCCAACUCGAGGGCUUUCAGUACAGAAGUCUGAUCACAAUCGGUUACGGCCGUAGGGUGCUUCGGUUUGAUCCCCUUGGGGCAGCGGGGAUUGCUACGGAAACCUUUCAACAAAAACGGAACGUGCAUCUAAGACCCAACAUUGUUCCCGAUCGCCGCAGCAAGGCUCUUCUUACUAAGAGGGAAAGUGGUGACAUUGCGCCCAAGACAUUGAACUUGGCGGUUUCUGAACCUGCAAACAGUGUUGGGUCCACUGAAGGGUCUUGUCUAAGGAGGGCUAUGUACAGUACAAACUAACUUGUAUUUAAACACUCUUCCAGGUUCACCCUGACCCCCACAAACAUAUUUGGUGUCUACCUGUAGAAAUCCCUACUUGUCCCUCUCUCUCUCUCCAAAGCAAUAGCUACUGGUCUCCCUUGACAGGUCAUAUGAGUGCAUACUAAGUCAGCCAACACACCAUUUAUUGUACACUGUCCUACCCAGUAAUGAUGGUGGCAUUAGCGAGAAGGAUGGCAAAAUCCUUGCUAAACUCACUUCCAGUGCUGCUGUUCAUUGGAAGUAGAGAGGAGGAAAACAAAUAAAUGGAAUUAAUAUCCUUGUAAUAUAAUAGUUACAAACGGAAUGCUAUUCUCUGUACUAGAAUGUAAAAAUAGGUGAACCAUUCUCUGCUUAUUACACAAACACACACACACACACACACACACACAAGCACGUAAUAUGCAAAAGAUAAAGGAAAGGAACUGGGAGAUUGGGAAGUGGUGCAAUUACUAGCAUUCUGCAUUUGGGUGGCUUUUCUAUUGCAAAAAAAAAAAAAAGACUCUGUUCUCUCAAUUUCCUUAACUCUCACAGGCUUUCAUAGACAUGAUGACUUCUGACAUCCACAAACUGCACCACUGAGGAGUUAGUGGCCUCUCGUCCACCUCCCUUUCCCUAGUAUUCGAAGCCCAUGUUUAGGGCAACCUCCUGAUACACCUUUGAUGAAACUGCAAAAUAUAAUAUUUUUUUAUAAGUAAGUCCUGAUAUGGAAUGCGGAGGAUGACGACAAACCAUGUUUCACAAGGCUAAGGAGGGCCAUGGGUGAAGUGAGUGUUGAAAGCUAAUGCCAAGCCUGACAGCUUCAUGAAAGUUGCAAGACAAGAUCAUGCGCCUCUUUAAAAAGAACUCUGGAUUUGCAGAAGGAUUUGUACUGGGUUGCGUUAUGGAUUUGUUUCUCUUACAAUGUUUGCAAUUUCA